UUUGAUAGAAGAUCUCACUGGCAGCUAUUCAAGUUUUGUUUGAUUGCUUGACCAUACUUCACUACAUUGGUCAAUGCGGCAGGUCGACGAACGGCUUUAAAUUAUUUCAUUUGUUACGAACGCUGCGGGACGUACGAUUCCGAUGUUUCAACUUCAGCGAACAUCGCUCGCGGCGAGAGGUUCACAGUAACGCAGAGUGAGCAAGGGAAUAACUAAGUGGCUUUGCGUUGUUAUUGUUGUUGCUGCUGCAUGCUUUCCGAAGAUUAUAUUUCACGUUCGGUCACAAUUGACCAAGAGACCCACGUUCUCAUCCGCAGAGUGCCCAUCGGAGGUCACGUGACGCGGCCCCACCACUCAGCGACGACCGCGACGCGUUCAGCACCUCCCGAGCUCCAGGGACCACUUCCGGCUGAUGCUGCUGGGGAAAGCGAGCGACAAAGCAACCGCGGACACCGGCGACAUGGAUGGAGGCCAUGUAUGGAAUUAUGUGCCGAGUGUCUGCCAGCUGUGAGGAGCCAGACAUCUUGGAUUUCUUCUGGAACUGUUCGGCGUCAGGGCGGCCACUGUGGCGGAUCGACCGUGUUCACUCUCCCCUUCACAUGGAGUCGUGCUUGUCACGAAUCCGGUUGUGAAUAGUCCCCACCUGACUGCCCCCUCUCGGAUAGUCACAAAUAUCUUUUAAAAUCACAUUUAAUAGUAUAAAAAAACUAACUGAUCGCUCUUUUGUUGGAAACAUAACAUUAGUAAAAUUUGACACUUUCCCAAGUGUUUAUUUUUACAAUGUUGACACCUGACGUUGCGUAAGGAAAUUUCGGAAUCCGUUCUCAAUUGGUCCGAAUCUCCUUCCUGCGACAAGACAAAAGUCGUGGUUCCCUCCCGGGACACGUGACAGCGGAACGAUGGGAGACAUGGCGAACAGCACGGUGGAUUUUCUGCCUAAGAGCCCUCGCUCGGAGGCGAACCACGACAGCGAUUUUGGGUGCUCCCUGCCGGAGCUGCGGGGCCUCAUGGAGCUGCGUGGGGCCGAGGCGCUGUGCAAGCUGCAGGACUCCUACGGCGACGUCUACGGCCUCUGCAAAAGGCUCAAGACCUCGCCCACUGAAGGGCUGAGCGGGAGUUCCUCGGACCUGGACAUCAGGAUAUCGGUGUUCGGCCAGAACUUCAUCCCUCCCAAGAAAGCCAAGACCUUCCUGCAGUUAGUGUGGGAGGCCCUGCAGGACGUGACGCUCAUCAUCCUGGAGGUGGCGGCUCUCAUCUCGCUGGGCCUCUCCUUCUACCACCCCCCCGGGGGUGACAACGAAGUGUGUGGCAGCGCGGCAGGCGGUGUGGAGGAGGAGGGCGAGGCGGAGGCCGGCUGGAUCGAGGGGGCCGCCAUCCUGCUCUCCGUCAUCUGCGUGGUGGUGGUCACGGCCUUCAACGACUGGAGCAAGGAGAAACAAUUCCGUGGUCUGCAGAGCCGCAUCGAGCAGGAGCAGAAAUUUUCGGUGAUCCGAGGUGGCCAGGUCAUCCAGAUACCCGUGGCCGAGAUCGUGGUCGGGGACAUCGCGCAGGUCAAAUACGGGGACCUGCUCCCGGCUGACGGUGUGCUCAUCCAGAGCAACGACCUCAAGAUCGACGAGAGCUCCUUGACGGGCGAGUCGGACCACGUGCGCAAAACCAUUGACCGCGACCCCAUGCUCCUCUCAGGGACCCACGUGAUGGAGGGCUCAGGGCGGAUGCUCGUCACGGCCAUCGGCAUCAACUCCCAGACGGGUAUCAUCUUCACGCUGCUGGGCGCCGGCGGGGAGGAGGAAGAGAAGGAGAAGAAGGAGAAGAAAGGGAAAAAACAGGAGAAAGCUGCAGAAAUCAACCGCAACAAAGUGAAAGCCCCGGACGGGGUCGCCGACAUGGAGAUGGAGCCCUUGAAGGGUGCCGACUGCGAGGACCACAAAGAGAAGAAGCGCUCCAAUGUCACCAAGAAGGAGAAGUCGGUGCUCCAGGGCAAGCUGACGAAGCUCGCGGUGCAGAUCGGCAAGGCCGGCCUGGUGAUGUCGGCCAUCACCGUCGUCAUCCUCGUGCUCUACUUUGUGAUCGAGACGUUCUGGGUGCAGGGCAUGCCCUGGCUGCCCGAGUGCACGCCAAUCUACGUGCAGUUCUUCGUCAAGUUCUUCAUCAUCGGCGUCACCGUGCUGGUCGUGGCCGUGCCCGAGGGGCUUCCGCUGGCCGUCACCAUCUCGCUUGCCUACUCCGUCAAGAAAAUGAUGAAGGACAACAACCUGGUGCGGCACCUGGACGCGUGCGAGACGAUGGGAAACGCCACGGCCAUCUGCUCCGACAAGACGGGCACGCUCACCACCAACCGCAUGACGGUGGUGCAGGCAUACGUGGGCGACGUGCACUACUGCUCCGUGCCUAGCCCCGACGCGCUGGCGCCCGCCAUCAUGGAUGUGCUCACCACCGGCAUUGCCGUCAACUGCGCCUACACCACCAAGAUCCUGCCGCCGGAGAAGGAGGGCGGCCUCCCGCGCCAGGUGGGCAACAAGACGGAGUGCGCGCUGCUGGGGCUGCUCGCCGAGAUGAGACGCGACUACCAGGCGGUGCGCGACGAGCUGCCCGAGGAGCGCCUCUACAAGGUGUACACCUUCAACUCGGUGCGCAAGUCCAUGAGCACCGUGCUGCACAACGCCGACGGGGGCUUCCGCCUCUACAGCAAGGGCGCCUCCGAGAUCCUGCUCAAGAAGUGCUCGCGGAUCCUGGGCGCGACUGGCGAGACGCGGGGGUUCCGGCUGCGUGACCGCGACGAGAUGGUGCGCAAGGUCAUCGAGCCCAUGGCGUGCGACGGCCUGCGCACCAUCUGCCUGGCCUACCGCGACUUCCCGAUCGGCUCGGAGCCCAAGUGGGACGAUGAGAACGCCAUCGUCAACGAGCUCACGUGCGUCACCGUCGUGGGCAUCGAGGACCCCGUCAGGCCCGAGGUGCCGAACGCCAUCAAGAUGUGCCAGCGGGCGGGCAUCACGGUGCGCAUGGUCACGGGAGACAACAUCAACACGGCGCGCGCCAUCGCGAGCAAGUGCGGCAUCCUGCACCCCAACGAGGACUUCCUGUGCAUCGAGGGCAAAGAGUUCAACAGACGCAUCCGGAACGACAAGGGCGAGAUUGAGCAGGAGCGCCUGGACAAGGUGUGGCCCAAGCUGCGGGUGCUGGCCCGGUCCUCGCCCACCGACAAGCACACGCUCGUCAAAGGUAUCAUCGACAGCACCAUUGGGGAGCAGCGCCAGGUGGUGGCCGUCACAGGAGACGGAACCAACGAUGGGCCGGCACUGAAGAAGGCCGAUGUCGGCUUCGCCAUGGGCAUCGCGGGCACCGACGUCGCCAAGGAGGCGUCGGACAUCAUCCUGACGGACGACAACUUCAGCUCCAUCGUGAAGGCGGUGAUGUGGGGGCGCAACGUCUACGACAGCAUCUCCAAGUUCCUGCAGUUCCAGCUCACGGUCAACGUGGUAGCCGUCAUCGUGGCGUUCACGGGGGCCUGCAUCACGCAGGACUCCCCGCUCAAGGCGGUGCAGAUGCUGUGGGUGAACCUCAUCAUGGACACGUUCGCGUCGCUGGCGCUCGCCACCGAGCCGCCCACCGAGGCGCUGCUCCUGCGCCGGCCGUACGGGCGCAACAAACCGCUCAUCUCGCGCACCAUGAUGAAGAACAUCCUGGGCCACGCCGUCUACCAGCUCACCGUCAUCUUCACGCUGCUCUUCACCGGCGAGACGCUGUUUGACGUGGACAGCGGGCGCAACGCGCCGCUGCACGCGCCGCCCUCGGAGCACUACACCAUCGUGUACACCUUCGUGCUCAUGCAGCUCUUCAACGAGAUCAACGCGCGCAAGAUCCACGGGGAGCGCAACGUCUUCGAGGGCAUCUACCGCAACCCCAUCUUCUGCUCCAUCGUCGUCGGCACUUUCAUCAUCCAGAUUGUCAUUGUGCAGUUUGGUGGGAAACCCUUCAGCUGCACAGGCCUCAAGUUCGACCAAUGGCUGUGGUGCAUCUUCUUAUCACUGGGCGAGCUGCUGUGGGGACAGCUCAUUUCGAGCAUCCCCACGGCGCACCUCCACUUCCUGAAGGAGGCGGGGCACGGCACGCACAAGGACGACAUUCCCGAGGACGAGGAGGAGGAUGAGGAGGAGAUUGAUCACGCCGAGCGAGAGCUUCGCCGUGGACAGAUUUUGUGGUUCCGUGGCCUGCACAGAAUACAAACACAGAUGGGGGUAGUGAACGCCUUCCAGGGCGGCUCUUCCUUGCAGGGAUCUCUCAGGCGGCAGCCUUCGAUCCGUGUGGUGAAAGCAUUCCGUAGCUCGCUGUACGAGAAGCUCGAAAAGCCAGAAGCCCGCUCCUCAAUCCACAACUUCAUGACGCACCCCGACUUUGGCAACGGCGCCGGAAACGGCUCCGAGCCGCGCAUCCCCCUGAUCGACGACACGGACGCGGAAGAGGACGACGCCCCGACCAAGCGGCGUCAGCAUGGCAGCGCGGACAGCCUCGCGGCGCACUCCCCCAACCGCAACAACAACGCCAACUACGACCGCCACUCGGGCGCACGCCCGCCGCCGCAGCCCCCUCUCUCGAGCUCCUACCUGGGAGUGUACAAGCCGCCCGUGGCUCACAGCCGGCCUGGCAGCCCGCUGCUCAGCUUCGAGACCUCCUUGUAGGAGAAUAUCUCCGUCCCCCAUUUUUCGGUUCUUCACUUGAGGUUCCCCCCCCCCCCCCCCCCAGACGGUGCUGUCCGCAAUCGGCGUGUGUGCAGACCCCCCCCCCCCCGCGGCGUCGCUCGCUGCCCCGCGCAACCUCGCCCACGCCGGUCACCCCGCACUGCGACCACCGCUUGUUUUGAAAUUUACGCGCUUUUUGUGUCGCACUUUAGCUUUUAACGUCAUCCGUGAAGGGCGCGUGACCGGUGAUAGCUUGACGCACGUCGUUAUUUGACGAAAACUUUAAUUUGAUAGAUUUGUUCAGGUUUCGCGUGACACUAUAUAACAAGAGUGAGGUUUUCCGCACACAUACCGCCACUAUUUUGCAUGCUUCCCUUACAAUGCAUCCGAGAUGUUGUGCUGCUGGGUGUUUAAGGCGUGACUUUUGCUCAUAGAGUAAACGGUAUUGCGGCGUCGGCACGCGUCACCCGCGUACGCACGGUUCCGCGUGCGUCCAAGUGUAUCUUGCGUCUGCGUGUGCACUUGAGUCCCAGUCCAUGGCCACGCGAGUCCCCGUUGUGUGGUGCGAGGUGGCGUCACGCCAGUCAGGCGUGACGGUCAAUCUUCGGCCAUUCCAGUGGCGAGCGCCGUACCGGGUACCCGAUGGUUUAGGGAUUCGUGAGGUCGAUUGAGCCCAGAGCGAACGCGUGUGCAGCCCUGACGAGUGACUUAUUGGCCCCAAUACCGCACGAUGUGCGGUGUGCUGGCCAUAAAGGUGCUCGCUAACAGCACCUGCCCCGACAGCUCAAUCGAGCUAAAUGAGGGAGUCGUUUUUCUGUGUGCGCGUGCACGCGUGUGCGUGUUUCGGUGCGUGCCAAGGUAUGUGUGUGCCCCAAAGCCGUUUGUGUGGACAAGUGAGCGUGCAAGUCAAACCGCUAUAAAAAAAAUACUCCUUCGUUACUCGUCGGGCCUGCUUGUUCAUUCACGCCGGCCGGUUCGAGUCGAGCGCGAUCACCGCUGGAAACGGGCACCCACGUUCAAUGUGUGCAUGCAUGCCUCUCGAACAACCGUGGACAACGGCAGAAUCGUCAUCUUAAGCGUUUUAAUUUCAAGGGGGGGGGGGGGGGUGGCCUCAAUAUUUAAUGGAUUGUGAGACGUUCCUGCCAUCGGCUUAUACUCGUAUGGAUAUAUUUGUUUCCAAAAUGAUAAAUGCAGUUUUGUUUACAAGGGAUUUGUAGAUAUUGUGUGCGCGUUGCUGCUCUAAGCUCACAUGGUUUUAGGUGGCGGCCAUGAAAAGCCAUUCUGAUGAUUAAGAAAAAAAAAUACUGCUGCAAUAUCUGGCGUAAGCUCAGGGGAGCGCCAGGGGAAGGGUAUUUCAUUCUGAACACCCCUAAGGAAGCGACGGUGUGAGCUCCAGAGCCCGGUUGGGCUGCAACAAGCCCCUCGGAAGCAUUACGGAGCAUUAACUAUUUAUUUUGCGGGGGUGUUCCAGUAUCGGGCUAACCCUGCGUGAACCUCUGCUGGUCCUGGAGUGUUUUAAUAAGCUGUGCACCAAUAUGAUAUUGGCCUGCUGUUGUUGACUCCUGUCAAAUAUUGUAGAUAUAAAAAACGGCGUAUAUGCUAGCCAAACGUACAGAUGAAACGGUGGUCUAUUUAACGCGUGGUUAUUACGAGUCUAGAAAGACGUUCGCUGCGGGGUCUUUUUGUUUGAGUGAAAGGGAACAUUUUUGAAGUGUAAGAGAUUUUUCCGUAACUUGCGAAAAGACUCAUAUUUGUUUCUCUCUUGCUACGACACUGGUUUCAUCAAACAUCGAUAAUAACCGCUUGGCGCAGGAGGGCAUUUUAUUUUCUUGUCGUUGCUGCUGCUGCAUGUGCGUGCUCAAUACCUGGGUAGUCGUGGGCUCUCCCCCUCGGGAAGGGAAUGCUUUUAGCGCGGUAGGGGAGUUAUUCAAUGACGUAAUGCAACCCGUUUUCAUUUUGUCUGUAGACGGUGAAUUGUGAGUGUCCUGGUUGUAUAUGUGAGUGAUGAAUCUGUGUAGAUUUCUUUUUCAUAAAACGGAAGGGGAAAAAACCUUACGAUUUAGACAUUUACGAUAUAUUACACACUCCAUCGUGACCUUUUAAUUGCAGCUCUGCAGGCUGUGGUUUUCUAGAAUUUGAAAUCCCGAUCGCAAUGACUUCUUCUCAACGUUAGAACCGGAGCUAUCUUACCAAGGCGCGUAAUGUCGUUAAUUCAUUGUCACGGGCCUGCACUAUGAGAAUCUUGCUCACUUAGUCACUUGUUUCCACGUUGUUUGUUACGUUUUUCUUUUUGUUGAGACUGUGUGGUAUUCAGGGAUGUAAUAUUAAACGAAACAAAGUUAAUAUUCCAAAUAAUAUAACUUUGCUGUGCUGCGCCGUUCCUGACCGUUGUGUUUCCGAGUUGGUUGAAGCGGUUUCCCCGAUGGUUUUGUGUCUCCGAAAUGAAUGCAUGCUGCGCGUGUGUUGGAGCGCCCUCCACCACAUCCUCCUCGUCUCCCCUCUACACACUGUGCAAUGACCCCCCCUCCCUCCCGGCUUUCCUGGUGCUGUGGCGUUGCCCUCUCAUUCUUGGCUGUUUCACACUCUUUGCGUUGUGACCUCUUUCAUGCAUGAUUUUCUCUCUCUCCCCAAUGCGGAGAUUUUUAAAACUUGGGGAUGAUUUUUGCGGAUGACUUUGCGUUUGAUUAAAUUGAACCCUUGUUUGAAGAAGGCGCACAUGGUAACCCUCUCACAAAGGUCAAUGACGUGAGAAUGGAAAGGUCUUGAAGAUCGGUGGCUAAAAUGUUUCGAUUCAAAUCGUAGUUUUUAACAAAAUAUAGCUCAAAGUGUAACUAUUUUUCCUCCAGUCUUAAAACAAUCUCUGGUCUUCUAAACAACACGGUGGGGGUUUUUUUUAAGAUGUGUAUUUUUGAAACGAAGGUAAAACUUUUAAAAACAAAGCGAUCGCAGCGUUUAAGAAUGAGCCCAUUUUAAAAUUGCCAAAGGCUGGCUGUCGUUUCGCGAGUGAUGGCUCUCGCAUCACUGGGGCUUGCCGCGGAGCGCCUAAUCGUGCUCUUUGGUCAAAUGGUUGCUCAUUCACUUAGCCGGUUCGUAUCUCUCAAUUGCUAACAACAAAACAACAACAACACCCACUUCUACUGUAAGCAAAAAUGUUUAUGUUAUUUUUAACCCCUACACAUGCUGUAAAUAAAAUGAUGUAUUCGUGUCUGUGUUCCUUCCA